GCCGGGAAUGGACGGCCCGGAGAAGACUUGGCUUUGCCGCGUCCGUGUUUGUCCGAGGGUCUAAAGUCCCUGGAGGAUGACCUAGCAGUUCGCAGCCCCACCGGCCUCUCCAGGGCCCCCGUGGACGCGCCGGCCCGACCCGGAGCUGCCAAGCCGGGUGGCGCCCAAACUUGUGACGCUGCGCACCGUCGGGUACCCGGGCCUCGGAUCAGGCACGCCUCUUGAACUCACGUUUAGUACAAUCUCUUCUUUUCAGAAAAAGGGUUUUCCCCUCCUUUUUUUUUUUUUUUUUUUCCUUGUAUUUCUGUUGACUUUCUUUUGGAGAAGGGAAUUUGGGGGAGACAAGAAGAACCGCUCACCGGGGAAUUCAUAAAGGGGAUAAGGGACCGCCGGCGGCGGGAGUCGGAGGCUUCGGGUCCAGGAUGGAUGUGGCGGACCCGCAGCAGCUGGGCAUGUUUACAGAGGGCGAGCUGAUGUCGGUGGGCAUGGACACGUUCAUCCACCGAAUCGACUCCACCGAGGUCAUCUACCAGCCCCGCCGCAAGCGGGCCAAGCUCAUUGGCAAGUACCUCAUGGGGGACCUGCUGGGGGAGGGGUCCUACGGGAAAGUGAAGGAGGUGCUGGACUCGGAGACGCUGUGCCGGAGAGCCGUCAAAAUCCUCAAGAAGAAGAAGUUGCGGAGGAUCCCCAAUGGGGAGGCCAACGUGAAGAAGGAGAUCCAGCUCCUGCGGAGGCUGCGGCACAAGAACGUCAUCCAGCUGGUGGACGUGCUGUGCAACGAAGAGAAGCAGAAGAUGUAUAUGGUCAUGGAGUACUGCGUGUGCGGCAUGCAGGAGAUGCUGGACAGCGUGCCGGAGAAGCGCUUCCCCGUGUGCCAGGCUCACGGGUACUUCCGCCAGCUGGUGGACGGCUUGGAGUACCUGCACAGCCAGGGCAUCGUGCACAAGGACAUCAAGCCGGGCAACCUGCUGCUCACCACCAGCGGCACGCUCAAGAUCUCCGACCUGGGCGUGGCCGAGGCCCUGCACCCGUUUGCUGAGGACGACACGUGCCGGACGAGCCAAGGCUCCCCCGCCUUCCAGCCGCCCGAGAUCGCCAACGGCCUGGACACCUUCUCCGGCUUCAAGGUGGACAUCUGGUCGGCUGGGGUCACGCUCUACAACAUCACGACGGGCCUGUACCCGUUCGAGGGCGACAACAUCUACAAGCUGUUCGAGAACAUCGGGAAGGGGGACUACACCAUCCCGGGUGGCUGCGGGCCCCCGCUCUCCGACCUGCUGCGAGGGAUGCUGGAGUAUGAGCCGGCCAAGAGGUUCUCCAUACAGCAGAUCAGGCAGCACAGCUGGUUCCGGAAGAAGCACCCGCCAGCCGAGGACCUGGUGCCCAUCCCGCCGAGCGCCGACUGCAAGGAUCGGUGGCGCGGCAUGACGGUGGUGCCCUACCUGGAGGACCUGCACGGCGGCACCGAGGGCGGGGACGAGGACCUCUUCGACAUCGAGGACGACGUCAUCUACACUCAGGACUUCACGGUGCCUGGACAGGUCCCCGACGAGGAGGCUGGCCAGAACGGACAGAGCCGGGGCCUGCUUAAGGCCGUGUGCGUGAACGGCACGGAGCCGGCCCCACUGAGCGCCAGAUCCAGGGCGGAGCGCCGGGCCAGCGGCACCUCCAACCCCGUCCGCAAGGCCUGCUCCACCAGCAGCAAGAUCCGCAGGCUGUCGGCCUGCAAGCAGCAGUGAGGGGGGCCGCCACAGGAGCCGCAGCCCGCGCCGGCCCAGGUCCUCAGUCUUCCCGCCAACAGCAGGCCCAGGACGGCCGCGGCCACGCCUCCGCGCCGCCACGCCCUCGACGCCAGGGAGUUCUGGAGGGCUUUGGCUGGCGGACAGCAGGGACUGGGGUCCGACCCCCCCACCCCCCACUGUGGGCAGUGGACACGAUCUCCCGUUGACUUUGCAAUCCCGUGCUGAGCCCCUCCGCCCCGGCCGGGGGAGGAGCGCGAGGCCGGCCGUGCACUUUAGUUCGGACUACUGGCUCACCCGCCUUCUCUUUACUUCGCCCCGGUCAGCGCCUCCCACACCUAGUGACGUGUUCAACAAACCGCAGCCGCCCGGGGGGCGGACGGGCCUGCCCGCCGAGACGCAUGCCCAGCACCCGCGGGAGCCAGGCAGCUGCCUUGUUUUUGUUGUUUGGUUGGGUCCUUUUUUUUUUUUUUUUUU